AAACUCGUGAUCCUGAUACCAGGCGCGCGUGCUGGGCUGCUGCACGAACACACACACACUCACACACGCACACACACACACUCGCACACACGAGGGUGAGUAACACAAGGACGACUCACUCACUCACGGGCACAUGCACGCGCACACGCGCACCCACCCUUACACAGACACUCACUCAAACUGACCAUGCGCGCGUGUUCUAUGACGCAGUUCCUCGACGACACAGUCUAGAAAUUUAGCGGCGUCACUUUGUGUCACGCGUGUGUGUGUGCGUGUUUUGUGUGUGUGUGUGUGUCCCCUUCUCUCUCUCUCUCUCUCUCUCUUUCUCCGUGUUAAACGUAAUGACCAGGAUUCUCUGAGUCACAUAAAAGAGACGAAGUCCUGUGCCUCUUGAGAGUAAAGGUGUCACCCACUACCGGGAUACGUUAAAGAGAAGUCUGCUGAGAUACUCAGACUGUGUUGAAUCUACUGAAAUCCAAAUGCAGUCAACAGCAGUCAAAGAAGGAGUCCGAACUUUCCAUCUCAUCAGUGACAUUAGUCAACUGCUGUAGUUAUACGAAACAGAAAAGCUUGAAAGGAUGCUCUUCUUGGACGGUUAAAUUAAGAGACCUGUUCAAAAACUGCUAAUUAACCAGAAAAGACAAUGAUCUUGAAAGUCGUGAGAAAAAUAACAAGAGUAACAAUGCCAUACCACGCGAGUGAUCAAGAACACUCCUUGACCUCAAUCAAAGAUCACUUUUGGUGAAUGAAUCACAUCUUUGGAGAUUAAAAAGAACUUUUAAAAUCUAUUCUUCUCAUAACAAUAAGAUCCAUCUUAAAUUGUGGAACUUGUGUCUUGGCAAACCACUGCUGUUGCCAAGCAACCAAACUUCAUCACCAUUGGUCAGUUUCCCUGCACACAACCAAAGGUGUGCUAUCAUUGGCCAGAUUUAGAGCACAGCCCUCAACACGUGCCCCGAUUGGUCAGCUCAGUAACGUACACUACAAUUGGACAGACCCAGACGAUGUCGGGUGAAAAUAAGAAAGAUCUUCACUCCGAGGCACGGAGCUUCAGUGCCAACCUGUCCACGGUCUUCCUUCUCAAGAGAAGAGAUCCGCAGACAAAACAUUUGCUGGAGAAAGCCCAGCACCUCAUCGAUGGACUUCUCGCGGAAAGCGCCCGCCCCGCCCCUGCCACGCCCACUGCCCGCUCAUCGAGGGGCGGGGCUGGGAUGGGCCAACUGUGGGUCAAGCUGGACGAGCUGAAGAGAGAGAACGAUGACCUCAAAAGACAAAGGGGAAGGUCCUCGGAUGAGAGGGCGGGGUCUCCCAAAUCGCCGAAGUCACCAAAGCCCCAGCCGGGUCACACUGAAGCUGUGAGCUCUGACCUCCUCCGCGCCCGCAGUGAGAACGAAGCUCUGAAGCAGCAGGUGGAAAAGCUUCAGAAAUCCCUGAAGGAACAUCAGUCUGUGCAUUCUACGCUGCAGGAUGAGUACAAAAGAUCAAAGGCCGCUCUUGAGGCAGCUCAGAAGUCGGCUAUGAGAGCCAGGGAGGAGACAAAGAAGAUGGAAAGCAGUGUAAAAAGUAUGAGGACGGAGAAUGAGUCUUUGAAGCAAAAACUCUCUCAAGCCAACAGCCACAGUUCCAACAACUCACCGUCCAAACCAGCAGUUUCUAGUCCCAAGCCACGGCCCCGGGUGGACAAUAGGAUGACAGAGAACAUCAGUGAGAAGUCAAGGCCCAGCAACAUUGCAGUGGCGUACACAACACUUGAGUCCCAGCAGUGGAUGGACGCUAAGGAAGGCCUGGAGGACUUGGCCUCUGAGGAAGAUGCUGUGCAGUUUCUGUGUAACCUGCUUGUGACAUCUUUCAAAGUCAAUACUCACACACUGAAAUGUGUUGAAAAGGUCAUAAGCCACAUCUUGUCCAAUCCAACAGCUGCGGUAACGUUAGUAGAUGCAGGUCUUGACGGUCAGUGUUCUGGCCAGCUUCCGGACGAUAUGUCAGAUUUGCUCGGUCAGAAACUGCGGGCAUCCUAUGACAAGAUCAAUACAAGUGAAGUAGCUCAGAUGGUCAAGUCCCGCUGUGAUAGCUCCUCACCCCUGUUGUCUGAGUGGUCGAACCCAUCCCUUCUGAGAUAUGUUCAAGAGUGCAGCUCUCUCACUUGGCAGAUGGUUAUCCAGAAACCUCCCAUGAAACUGGGCAGCACAGACACUCGAUUUGAUGAUGCAAAACAUAAACUGUGGUGGUCGUGCAACCAGUCGAAAGCCAAGAAAAUCAACUAUGUCAUAUGGCCUGUUUUGUAUGAUUAUGAGGGAGGUAACCUUAUGGUGAAAGGCUGUGUUCAUGCCAGCUGAUACGUUGGCAGUAUCGGGGGUUCAUCGAACGGGAUAUGACAUUUUUGUGGUUUGUAUAUAUUCAUUGAUUCACCAAGGCUUCCACAGACAAUUAAUUUCGCAAGGCAACUGCCAAAAUUUGCUUCAGUGUCAUGUUUUGGACGUUAUACUUUCUGGUGAAAGAGACGAAAUGGAAAUUGUGUUUUCAAUGCAAUUGAAAGUUGAGUCCAAGGAAACACAGGUCUGAUGAAAGAUUAAGCUCUGGAGCUCCUGCUGCAAGAACAAAUGGCUUUCUUUUUUUUAUGCGAUAGACAAAACUCCUUCAGAUCCACUUGGUGGACAGUUAAGUCACCGCUAGGCAAGGGUUAUUACUUUUGCAAUAUAUAUAUAUUCCUUUCACAAUGAUUGGAAGACAAUAAUAUCAAAGAGUGGACUGGCAGUGACUGGAACAUCACACUGUAGAAAGCUGAGAACUGCGGGGAAUGGAUGAAUCUCGUUGUAAAGUUGAAAAAUCUACAGUGGUGCCCCAACAGUCAGCCAGACUACGAGAUAAGUGAAGGUGAAGUCUUAUGAAUUGCUCUAAUGAAAAUACUAGCCAAAAAAAUACUUGCUCUUUAUCAAUUGUGUUGUGUCUCUAGCUGACAUCAUGAGCUUUAACUGGUGAGCAAUAGGGGCCUACUGCAUGGGGAUACCCUUUAGUUUAAGUUUUAGUAAGAGUUUUAAGGCACUUCCAACACAAAUGGGUCAUAUAUAAGUGCCAAAGAUUAGAGGUGUUGCUAAAACUAGAAAGUUAAUUAGCUCUAUAUAAAGAAAAGAUAGAGGAGAGAUAAGGACCAUAGAUGUUUGAUAGGAAAGAAUGAGCAAAAACCACACCAGAGCACCCGCCAACCACCCACAGGGGAUUUCCAAUAGAACUUGGGGGGAGGGGGAGAGAAGAAUUACAAUUAUUAUUAUGGUUAUGUGGUAUCCUGGCGUGAUAUCAUUGCUAUCUUGGAAAGGUACCCAUACCACUGCCAAAAUAAAUUUUACCUGCACAAAUAAAAUUUCAAUGUUUAGCUUUCUGUUAACAUUGACUUGAUAAGUAGAAUUUUUUUUCAGUUUCAGAGAGGAAAGAGUUCACCUGUGAGCUUAGUGUCAGAAAACUUUGGUGAAGUGGAUGGGCAUAAAUUAUGAUAGAUAAACAAAGUCAUGUGACCUGAUUAAUAAUUAAUAGGUGACAUUGUUUUUCUCAUUAUUCUGUACAACACAAAAUAACCAAUUACAGGUAAAUAUGAAUUUUUUAAAGUUACCUUGCUGUUUCUGGUAUCUAUAUAUGACAGUCAAAAGCUUGCCUACUAAAAAAAAAUAAAGGAGGUGGUACCAAAUGGCAAUACACUCUUGUGUUUCCUUUUUAAGUUGUACGUUAACUAACAAGCUUCCUAAAUGUGCGUAGAUGUGGACAGACCAGGAUGUUUUCAUUUACUGACGAUGAAUGAUUGGAUAGAAAGAUUUUACUAUGAAGUUGUUCAACGUACAGAUGUACAACAGGAAAACUCUACCGUAACCCUGAAAGACUGAGAACUGAAUCAAAAACAAAACAUGUACAACUGAGAAAAUAUGGGUGAAUGAAGAACACAAAAAAGAUGUGGAGGAGAAACAGAGAGAGAGAGAGAGAGAGAGAGAGAGAGAGAGAGAGAGAGAGAGAGAGAGAAAGAGAGACAAAGAGAAGUGAGAGCAAGACAGAGAGAAAGAGAGAGAGAGACAUAAAAGCCACUGUAAAAAUGAGAGUGUAGCCACCAGGGACAUAUUAUGUACUUACACCAAAAAAAACACAACCCAAAUCACUCUUGUACAUACAAAUCAACAAUCUUUGUAAAAACACAAUAUUGCUGACUAUUCAUUUUUAUGUCAAAGUUUGCUUCUGUAUGAGGUACUUGAUGUUUUUUGUUGCGCUUUAAGUGCAAAUGUGAAUUAUAUUCGGUGUUUAAAAUUUUGGUAUACUUGUUUUCAGCAUGCACUUUCAUGUAUUGAUUGGUUCAUAGUAAACUUGGAUGAUAUUCACCCAGACAAUCCUUUGAUUACACAGCUGGGUGUAGUUUCUAUCUACUGCAAAGGGACUUUCUCAUGUCUGGAUGUGCAUGGUUAUGAAAAGCCAGAGUUACCUCCCAGGUUCCCAGCACACCACUUUGUGUUACUUUUUAAAACGUUUACAUUGUGAACUUGUGAUUUUCUAUAACUUUUAUGAUUUAUGUUUUUGUACAAAAUGUAAUUUUGGAAACUGCUUAUUUCUUUUGAUAAAUGUUUUAUAUUCUAUUGUCCAUUUAAUGACAAUAAUAAAGCUGUACAUGUACGGAAUCAAAAA